AUGAACCAAGUACCAGAUACAGCCCAGCACAUUAUUGAGUGUGACACAGAAUCCUGUAGGAACUUCUCUGAGAUUUACUGUAACAUUUGUCACCAGCUAAUAUGUGACCAAUGCAAACAGCGCCAUCUAGAGCAAAACAAUGGACAUGAUAUUGUCCGCUAUCAAGAGAGAAAGAGACAACUUCCUUCUGAAAAAUGCAAGAUCCAUCCCACACAAAAAGUAGACGUUUACUGUCAAGUUUGCCAGGAUCCUGUCUGUUCUAUAUGCUUUGUAUGGAAUCAUAGUGAUCAUUAUAAAAGUGACUUUGAAACAAUCUACAAUGAUAUUUUUCUCCAAUGUCAGAAGGAAAUAACUGAGAUCUGGAAAACUGUUGUUCCUGAAGCUAAAAAUAAUGUUGAAUUACUUUCAGAAGAAAAAGAAAACAAUACGAGUGAAAUUGCCAAGAUGUUUGUUGACAGUGUACUUACUGAUAAUAACAAAAAACUGGAUGAGAUGGAAAACUUUGUCGUUAAUGAAAUUAAUCAGACUCUAAUGCUAAUAAGGUUGUGGUGGUAA